AUGGAUUCCAUGAGAUCGUUGAAUACCUCUCUGCCGAGCUCAACCCCGCGGCCGCAGCCAUCCGAGCAACUCCUACAGUCAUUCAAGGCCGCUGCCUUAUCAGUGACCAACCUCUACAAGAAUGCAGUCUGUGACCAGGCCAAUGCCAGGCAAGCUGGUUACCAAGAUGCCCUGGAGGAUUUGCUUCAUUUUCUUGACCGGGAGAAUCUAGGCCUUGGCGAUGGCGAGGGGUGGAAAGUCCGACAAUGGGCAACGGAGAAGCAUGACGGAACUGGAUCGCAAAGCAGUGACGAGGAGGAACGCGUCGAGUCGGAGAAGCGUGACCGAAGUGCUACUCCGGCUACCACUCGCAAAGAGUCUGAAACCAUACCCCGCCAGGCCCCUACCUCCGCACCAACCUCCACGCCAAACCCUACACCUCGUCCUGAGACCACCAACCCUACUACACAGCCCCAAGAGUCUCCGAUGGGGGCUCCGACAGUAUUCACCUUCACUGCCGGUCCAACUUUCCCUCAAUAUCAAGAUGAUAUGGAUUUACAAUCCCCGGACAACUCUACCUCACCCUCGCAAGACGGCGCGCCAGUCAGCGUUUCAGUGAUGUCUCGAAAUGGCCGCCAGCAACAUCGCCACAACAACCACAACCGCGCAAACCCCCGCUUUGCUCCUCGCGAGUCACCAAACAGCCUUGGAUCCAGCCUUGGGUCGAGUCUGGGAUCAAAGCGGAAAUUCACAGUUCCGGAUUUCUUUGACCUCUCGGGGCUGGGAAAUGGCCGGGACUUGUUUGGAGGAGGCAAACGAGGUCGUUUCACCUAA